CUAUUCAGCAGGUCUUGGAAGUUUUGAUUCCCAGGGCAAAAAAAAAAAAAAAAAAGACUGUGAGCAUGGAACUCAGCCUUGGCUGCCCAGGGUGAAUCCUUCCCUUCCUUCCGUGUGCAUGCACAUCUUUCUCUCUCUCUCUCUCUCUCUCACACACACACACACACACUCAUAGAGGUGCUACCUUCUACCAAGGCAUCACUUCUCCUCUUCCUGACCAAGAGAUCCAGAGUAUAGAGCUGGCUGUCUCCACCUGAAAGGUCAGUGUCUUCCCUUCCCAAAGGGAGAAGAAAACUUUCCAUAAGGCAAGUUGUACUGGGAUGUCCGGAAGACCGCAGGGCAAAGCCUGACUUGGUUAUCUGGGCUGAAUGGGAUUUCCCCCAUCAUUUCCAGAAGAACCAGAGUCAGUGAAGAGAAACAACUCCAGCAGGUGAUCACCCACUUUUUUGGGAAGUCACCAGCAGAGACAUCCAUGGGAAAAAUCUCAGAAGACUUGAUUUCUAAGUUUGUCCAAGCUUUCUGGCUGAAGAUUGAGAGAACUUCCUUGACUUCUUCUCUGGUUCUGGAAUAAGGGUCUCUUUGGAAGCCUAUGCCUGCAACCAUCAGGCCAUUGCAAGAUUUAACAAGAGGAGAAGACGUAGAAAAGAAGCAGAGGCUUCUCUGAUCUGCUACCAAGAAGACGUCAACGUCAAAGGUUCUCCAAGGAAGAGCACCCUCAAAAAACUGCUCAGCAAGGUCUUGUGAAGGUGGCCCCGAUUUUCAAGGAAAAGCCGUUCUUCAAUGGAAGCCGGGACCUGUCAAGAAAUCUGCUAGAUUACCUACAAAGCAACUGGCUCUAAAGUUCCUGAUUUCCAUCUCCAGCGGAGCGACCCCACAACAGGGGGGACCUUUUGCACCCUGGAAGGGGCAGCGGGAAAUUGGAGAAGCGAAGGUGCGAAAUGUUCGCCCGUGGAAGCUGGGCCAGAACAGCUGAGCGUGGAAGGCGGUUCCCGUUCCUUGCAAAAUGCUGAUGUCUGUCAGGUGUGGCCCGGCCAGGAUCGCCCCUUGCCUUGCUUCCUCGGAGAGAUGGAUUCCUUCUGCUUCACCUGCUUUCAGAAGGAGGAGCUCCAGCCUUUGCAAUCCAACAGCAUGACCAUGAGCGCUGCCUCCAUUGAGCAAGAGCCGUCACGCAAGCUGGCCUGUUGUGGAGUCCCCUUGAUAACGGAGGACAUGCAGUCGCUGGCCAUCCGCACGCUUUCUGGCACGGACAUCAACAAGCACUACGACCUCAUCCGUGAGCUGGGGAAGGGAACCUACGGGAAGGUAGACCUGGUCUCCCAUAAGAGCACAGGCACCAAGAUGGCUCUGAAAUUUGUCAACAAGAACAAGACCAAACUGAAGAAUUUCCUGAGGGAGUUCAGCAUCACCAAUACUCUCUCUUCCAGCCCUUUCAUCAUCAAAGUGUUUGAUGUGGUCUUCGAGACGGAGGACUGCUAUGUCUUUGCUCAGGAAUACGCACCCGGAGGAGACCUUUUUGACAUCAUUCCUCCCCAGGUGGGGCUGCCAGAGGACAUGGUGAAGCGCUGCGUACAACAGCUGGGUCUGGCGCUGGACUACAUGCACAGCAAAAACUUGGUGCACCGGGACAUCAAGCCGGAAAACGUCCUCCUGUUUGACCGUGACUGCCGGCGCGUCAAGCUGGCCGACUUUGGCAUGACGCGCAAGGUGGGGUGCCGGGUGAAACGCAUCAGCGGCACCAUCCCGUACACAGCGCCCGAGGUGUGCCAGGCAGGCCGGGCGGAGGGUUUCACGGUGGAUGCGAGCAUCGACGUGUGGGCUUUCGGGGUGCUCAUCUUUUGCGUGCUGACCGGCAACUUCCCCUGGGAAGCGGCCACUGCUUCGGACUCUUUCUUUGAGGAGUUUGUGAGGUGGCAAAAGGGGCGCCUGGUGGGCGUCCCCUCUCAGUGGCGCCGCUUCACGGACAACGCGCUGCGGAUGUUUCAACGCUUGUUGGCCCUCGACCCAGAAAAACGCUGCCCGGUGAAGGAGCUUUUUCUCUUCAUCAAGUACGAUCUGAUGUCCGAGAUGCGCCGACGGCCAUCCUAUCGUUCCCGCAAGCACACCGGGGACAAGCUCUCAGCUGGCCCACACCGCCAUGAGACGCCCAGCGGCUGUACCCCAACCCCACUUAAGAGGACCAUCCUGACGGAGGGCAGCGUCUCUCGGCUGGCGGCUUCGGAGCCUGGCCUCCCUUCCCCCGGCGGAGGAAGCAGGACUGACGCCCGGGCAGAGAAGGCCAAAGGCCAGAUGGUUUUGGCAACCGCCAUUGAGAUCUGUGUCUGAGGAGAACAUGGCACAUACGCCAAGCCGGCAUUCUGAUAUCAGCACUGUAUCUUCUUCUGCCCUGAGAUAGGCGGUGUGUAGAAGGACUCUUUUUUAAAAAAAAACACACACACACACACAAAA